AAAUACAUAAACUUUUUUUAAAGACAUUAAUAAUGUAUUGUAAAAAGUGCUAGUGUCAUAAAAAAUUCAAAAACAAAUUGAGAACUAUAAUUUUAAAUUCGCUAAAUAAAAAUAAUUUGAAUUCAAAAUAAAUCAAAUGUCAAACUCAUGAUAUCAAAGCUAAAACUCUAACCUAUAUAUUUAAAUCAACAAAGAGAUUGUUUAUGCAAUUAAAUGAUUUGUUAAUUAAUUUACUUCACAAUAUAUGCAUCAUAUAUUUGCUAAAAGUUAGCGACUGAUUAUUUUAAUUUUACGAUAUAAAAUUUAUAAUUAAAAUGAAAGACUCAACAGCAAAUUCUUCAGAAGUAGAAAAUAAAUCCGUUCAAGGAAAUGGAGAGACAUCACCUAACGUAGAACCUGGUGCUAAAGAAAAAUUGAGGUCAUGGCUAAAUCGAUAUUUACUAGUAAAAAUAACAGACGGUCGUAUAUUAACAGGAGCAUUUUUAUGUACUGACAGAGAUGCUAAUAUAAUUCUUGGUUCUUGCGAGGAAUUUUUACCAGAAGAACACACAGAACCACGAGCACUUGGUUUAGUUAUGGUACCACGUCGUCAUAUUGUCUCUAUUCAUAUAGACGAUUUGUACAGUAAAGAUGCAUUAUCAUCAAAGAAACAAUGUUCUUCCAUUAGCGAAUAGAUUAGAUUAGAAUUUUUUUUUUUAUUUUACUAUUGUCAUUUAUGAAAAUUAUUUUUUAUUAAACAAUAAAUAUUAUAUUGUCUAGUCUAGAUGUGUUGGUACAUGACAUCAGUUUUGUCUGACCAAAAGAAAACGUUCAACAAUCUCAGCUGAAAAAUUAAAAUUCAAGUUACAAACUAA